AAUGCCCGGCAGUGGGUGUCACCUGCCGAAACAACUUGUUGACUCCCAGGAGCACGGCCAGCUCGGUGCGUGGCUCACCUGUCCCCAGCGCGCAGGGCCGCUCGCCCCCCACUGCCCAGCCAUGAGCAAGUUGGGCAAGUUGUUCAAAGGGACCCGCUCCUCCCGGGCCCGUGCCGCUCCCAGCGCCCAGGAGGCCCUGGCCCGCCUCCGGGAGACCGAGGAGAUGCUGGCCAAGAAGCAGGAGUACCUGGAGAACCGAAUCCAGAGGGAGCUCGCCCUAGCCAAGAAGCACGGCUCACAGAACAAACGAGCUGCCUUGCAGGCAUUGAAAAGGAAGAAGAGACUUGAGAAGCAGCUCACACAGAUUGACGGCACGCUUUCCACCAUUGAGUUCCAGCGAGAGGCUCUAGAGAACUCUCACACCAACACGGAGGUCUUACGGAACAUGGGCUUCGCAGCCAAGGCAAUGAAAGCCGUUCAUGAAAACAUGGACCUGAACAAAAUCGAUGACCUGAUGCAGGAUAUCACGGAGCAGCAGGACAUUGCCCAAGAGAUCUCAGAAGCGUUUUCUCAAAGGGUUCAGUUUGCCGAUGGCUUUGAUGAGGAUGAGCUGCUGGCAGAACUUGAGGAACUGGAGCAGGAAGAAUUAAAUAAGAAGAUGAAAAACAUGGAGCUUCCGAACGUGCCUUCCUCUUCCCUCCCAGCACAACCCAGUAGGAAGUCCAGCAAGCCUUCCACUGCACACCGAUCUCGAGCAGCAUCAUCCAGGAGGGCAGAGGAGGACGAUGACUUCAAGCAGCUGGCAGCUUGGGCUACUUAAGCGAAAAUGGAAACGUCUGACACUGAAGUUCUCGAACUACCCAUGAGACAUGAAUGCUUUUGCAAAGCUUAGACGUUGGCAGAGACCUGUUCUAUGUGUCAUUGUCUUUUCUGUAACAGUUGAGUCACGCGUAGACACAGUCAGGAAUGGAAAGGGGCUGGUAGUGUCAUAGAAGACCCUUCCAGACUGAUGGAGUAGGGGCUGUCUGCUUUAUUUACUACUAUAUUUCUAGUUCUGGCACAUAGAUGAUUCUUUGUAUAUAUGUAUUGAAAGAACACUGAUUCUACUGACAUUAAAUACAUAUUCCAGCUUUUAAGUCAUCCUCGAGGGAUACCUAGGGCAACUGGGGGAAAUGUCUAUGCAAAUAUAAGGCUACUGUGUGCAGCCAGGUCAGCCAUGGUAAAUGUAAAUACACUUCUAGAACAGAUCUGAAGAGAAGUCUUCAGUGAGUCUGUGUAUACAUAGUUUCAAUUGAGUUUCACGGUUGAAAAUCUUCAGGGAACUUUAAUUGACAUUUAUUAUGCCUGAGUGGGGCAAUGCUUGCAUCUCCCCAAAUGUCUGAAAAGCACUAACAGUUUAGCCUGCUGAGCAGGACUCUCCUGGGUGUGAUUCAGCCACUUAGGAAGCUGAGUGAACACAGGCAGGCCAUUAUGGGGCUGUUUUGUCUUCACAGGAAUGUUCAUUCUCUUCUGUGGUGUGCUCUCUUGUACUCUAACAAAAACGAAACAAAACAAAAAAAUCCAACGCUUCGCAGCAUGCCCUUUGUAAAUAUAUUAAAAUACUGGCAAUUAAGUACAUAUCUUGAGUAAAAUUUUGCCCAUAAUUAUCUUUAAAUAAAAAUAAAAUUUUAAAAUUAGGCAUCUUGCAUGCCAUAUCACAGCCUGUAAAAUGACAAAUACCGUGAUGCAAGAUGUUCUGGUGUUCUCUCCACUCAUUUGAGCAACGCUGUGGAACGGGAAUAGUGCCAGGCUUGAAGGAGGGAUCAUGGCUUUCAGUGCCAGCUCUAUACUGGCAUAGCCGUCUGUGAGCCCUUCUGGCUUUGGAAAUCUGAGUGCUGGGCUGGAUGAUCCCCAGUGGUGCCAUUCUGCCGCCGCAGGUGCUUGGCACUUGCUCUUUCCUUUGGCAUUCUUCCUGCCCUACACAACACACAUACCAAAUUCUCCCCAUUCUUUAAAUUCUGGCUAAAAUAUUCCAUCUUGGGAAACAUUUUUUUUUUUUUUAAUUUCCAGACUAAAUUAGAUCUUCCCACUAUACGCCUGCUUUUGUAGUACACUACUUCCUUUCAUGGCGUUUUUCAUGCUGUCCGUCACACGCUUAACGUGAGUGCUUUCCCCUGCUGGGCUGUGGGAGGGUGAGGGGUGAGACUAUGUUUUUAAUUGUCUCUUUCCAGGGCACUUCAAAAUCUCUCAUGUACAGUAGGCAAGUCUGUCAGCAUUUACUCAAUCUACAGCAACUGACAGAAUAACAAGAUUUGUCCUCUGUCCUUAAACAGUCGUAAAGUUGGAUGAAGCCUGUGAAGCAACAGCAUUGGACUAAAGCAAUAGUGUUCGACACUGAAAUGAAGACAGCCCUGGACACUGAUGCCUGAGAAAAGGAGGCUGAUGCACAUUCAGCAUCCUGGCUCACACACGACCACAUGCCUGGGGACUGCAGCCUGCUGGGGGAUGGGGGGAUGGGGGGGGAACUAAGUCCCCACCAGACCUGUGAAGCGAGCUUGUAAAGCGAGUGGAUUUUAAUUAUGCUUCAUUUUAGUCAACUUAAUUAAAAACCUGUUUCUCAGUACAUUUAUUAGAAACACUGAAGUAUUUCGGCACCUCAGUUCUGCCUUUUCAACUGUUAAAUUUGUAAAGUCUGUACAUGGGCCAGUAUUUUCUCUGUGUCUCUCUCUGUUUCUGUCUGUCUUUCCGCUUCCGUCCCUGUUC